ACGAUGACUCGUUUAUUUUGCGACAGGACCGGCUCAAACCUGCGCUGGCUAAGGCUAUAGCCGCAAAAAGAAACAUAAACCACAGCAGAAAUUACAUUGAUUUAAUUUAUUUUUUUAAGGCGUUUCUCUUAACUUUUCAAAAUGUGAUUCAGCCCCCAGGACGACCGCGAAAACAGCAGCCUUCCCGUGGAAGAAGACGUUCUGUUUCAUACUUUUUUUUCGACAUAUCAGAAAGGAAAUUUGAAAUCCCGAUGGUUUUCAUAAGGCUGGCCUGUUUCUGUCGGACUGAGGGUUGGAAGCAGCUCCCUUAGUCGGCAUCUCCCCUCCUGUGACUCCUGCAUAGCGUCCCGGGCUCCCGUAGCCCCUCCAUGCCUGUGAUCCCCAUCCCACGGCGGGUGCGCAGUUUCCAUGGCCCCCACACCACCUGCAUGCACUCUGCCUGCGGUUCAGCGCACACCACCAAGCUGGUGCGCACCAAAUACAACAACUUUGAUCUCUACCUGCGCUCCCGCUGGAUGUACAGCUUCCUGCGCUUCCUCCUCUACUUUGGCUGCAGCCUGCUGACCUCCCUGCUUUGGGUGCUGCUCUCUGCACUCUUCUUCCUGCAGUACGUCAGUGUGCGCGUCCUCCUCCGGCUGCAGUACAAGCUCUCUGUUAUCCUGCUUCUGCUUGGGCACCGGCGCCUGGACUUUGGUGUGCUCAAUGAUCUGAUCAUUUACAGCAUGCACAUCACCAUGUUUCUGGUCGGGGGACUCGGCUGGUGCUUUAUGGUGUUUGUGGACAUGUAAAAGAACUGAUGAAAACAGAAGGGCAUAUUGAGAAGACAUCACACUGUAACUUGGAGCAGUAUGUGGUGCUAAAAAGUCCCAAUGGCACUGUAGCAUUCUCUGAGAUUUAACUGCUGCUUAACUUCUGAAAUUUGAGAUAAUUUUAACAAGAAGUUAGUUUUUGUUUUGUUUUAUAACUGGAUUUGUCUUGCACAUCCUUAGUAUUUCACUAGCCUCCACUCAUUCCUAAUCACAGUGCCAAUUUACACCUCUUUCUGUUCCAUCCCUUCAUACCACUGCUUUAUUUCCUUUAAACAGACCAUUGAUUUUCGGUGUAGCUGAGCAUUGUCUACCAAAUUUUAUGUGGUAUAUACUUUCUGUCAAAAUCAUAUUCCAUCUUAAUUCAUUUGACUUUCUUCAGCUAAUAUCAGAACUAUGAGAGAUUAUGAAAUCUUGUCAACCCCAACCAGACCUCCCGGUUGAUAAUACAGUAUUUAGAAGUGUCAAGAAACCUAUAGUAACCUGUAAAGGUGCAGUAAAAAACUGCAAUAGCAUAAAAUGGGAAAGGGUGCAUAAAACACUGCCUGUCAGACAAGCUGGAGGAGGCCUAUAAUACUGAGUGUUUGUUUAAUUUCCAUUUGUAUUUUUUAAGGCAAUUAAAUUGGCUCAAUAAAUACAUAAACUUAAAAGCCUAUAUCUUGGCAUUUAGGCAUCCUUUUUGAGAUUUGAUGUGCAUAUUUAAUAUUGUUUAAUAAUUGGAGCAUAAAUAUGCUUUAUUAAAUUUGGAAUCCGAUCACAACUGCUGGUUAAGAUUGCUAAAAUGCAAUCUAUAAAGGCCUGUUCUGAAUAAAUCUUCAAAAUGCACCCUUUUCGGUUCUCCAUACUAUUACUCUAACUGCUGCCUGCAGCCACUAAUAUACCGAGCACUCCUAUCUGUUCCAGUGUACAUGUUAAGUUAGGUUGUUUAUGGCACAAAGAUACUUGUGUACAGUAAUUUGAAAACAUAUCAAACCAAUACUGAAAACAAUGCACUUGGAAUUAUUUAAAAAGGGACCAAAAUCUGGUAAUUCAUACAUCUAACCCCUUUCCACAAAAUGGGUGUUUGUUUUAUAUAUCUAUAGAUUACUGUAAAAGGAAAUGUGAAUGUCACAGUCGCAUGAAAUGUUGACAAAUGACUGUAUUAUUUUAGUUUGCCUUUUAUUUCAACAUAACUCAAGGGUUGCUCUAGAAGCCAAACACAAAUAAGAUUCCUUAUUUUAUGCCAUGUGGAAACGUCAUAUUGUAAAUAAACAUUUUAAUUUCAAGUUAAAGUAAACAUGCAGUUAUGUUUAGGUAUGGAAAUGAAUGUGAAUACCAAUGUGUGUUUUUUGCUGCAAGAGUUUGGCUUAAAGAAUGGAUUUGAGAUGUUUUUAAAUAUCUUUAACAAAUAAUCGGUCUAUUAAACUAAUUUAAAUUACA